AUGCUCGCAACGUUUCUGGCGUCGACGCCGCUGUUGUCGGAGUCGUGGAGGCUGUGCACCACCGUGGCCGCCACCUCACCUCGGAGUUUUGUGACGGAGGAAGAAGGCGGCGUGGUGUACGUCGCUUUCCCCGGUGUGGAAAUGGCGGCAGCAUCGGACUCUUGCUGGAGAACCUUGGUGGCGUUGGAUAGCAUCGGCGACCUAACACUCUUCUCGGCGCGUCGCACCAAGGAAGACUUCGAACCUGUGAUGGUGCAUGCCGGGAUGCUGAAUCUCUUCUCCACCUAUUUCAAUCCAUUUCAAAAUCAGAUUUCAAAGGAUCCGUGGAAGAUUCGCAACUCCUACUCAAUUCAGCCUCCAGUCUUACUUACCAACCAGAUGCUGGCACUCAUGGGAAAUUCCACCACCAAAACAAUUGUCAUAACUGGCCACUCCAUUGGAGGAGCCACUGCCUCUCUAUGUGCUCUUUGGCUAUUGUCUUACCUCCACCAUAUAUCUUCCUCUACAUCUGUGUCAGUCUUAUGCCUCACUUUUGGUUCACCAAUGCUAGGGAAUGACUCUUUCCCUCGUGCCAUUCUCAAAGAGAGAUGGGGUGGUAACUUCUGUCAUGUGGUCUCAAAGCAUGACAUAAUGCCAAGGCUGCUCUUUGCACCCAUAACCCCUUACACUACUCAGGUAAACUUCCUGCUUCAGUUUUGGCGACUGUCCAUGACUACUCCAGGUUUUGGGAAGCUUGCAGUUCCAAUUUCUGACCAACAGCAAGAGUUGUUCAACUUUGUGAUGAGUUGCUUGGAUGCAGCCACACAAGACGGAGAAGGAUCUGCACCAAUUUUGUUUCACCCAUUUGGGAGCUACCUUUUUGUUUCAUCAGAAGGAGCAGUGUGUGUGGAUAGUUCAACAGCUGUUAUAAAGAUGAUGCAUUUGUUGUUUGUAUCUGGUUCCCCAGCUUGUAGUAUUGAGGACCACCUAAAGUAUGGAGACUAUAUUAAGAAAUUGUCUUUGCAAUUCUUGAACCAGAAAAAUUCCAUGUUGGGGAACAUUCCUGACUCAAGCUAUGAAGCAGGACUUGAAUUGGCGGUUCGAUCUUCAGGUUUAGCAAACCAGGAAUCGGCCAAGGAAUGCCUUAAGUCGACAAGGAGAAUGGGUCCUUCACCAACCAAGAAUGCUGCUGUGUUACCAAUUAAAUUAUCAAAGGUUCUGCCUUAUAGGGCUGAAAUAGAAUGGUAUAAAUCCUGGUGUGACCAGCAAGUUGAUCAAAUGGGAUACUAUGACUUAUUCAAGAGGAGAAGGAGCACUUCAAAAAUGGCCAUGAAAAUCAACAUGAAUCGUCACAAACUUGCCAGGUUUUGGAACAAUGUGAUUGAGAUGUUGGAGAGAAAUGAGCUGCCUCAUGAUUUGGUAGUGCGAGAAAAAUGGGUCAAUGCUUCACAUUUCUACAAACUCUUGGUUGAGCCAUUAGACAUUGCAGAAUAUUAUGGGAAGGGAACGCACACAACCAGGGGCCAUUACAUACAGCAUGGCAGAGAGAGGAGAUACGAGUUCUUUGACAGGUGGUGGAAGGAUGGAAUGGCUACCGCAGAAGAAAAUAAUGAGAGGAGGAGCCAGUUUGCAAGUUUGACCCAAGAUUCAUGCUUUUGGGCAAGGGUGGAGGAAGCAAGGGACUGGUUGAAUAGUGUUAGAAGUGAGAGUGACACAAGCAAGUUGGCUCUGCUGUGGGAUAACAUCGAGAAAUUUGAGAGGUAUGCUGUGGACCUUAUUGAUAACAAGGAGGUGUCUGAAGAUGUUCUGGCUAAGAACUCAAGUUACAGUAUAUGGGUGGAAGAUUUAAAAGGACUAAGGGAACUAAGAGCAAAGGUGAAGAGGUUCCCACACAACUUCAACCCAUUUCAGGAUGGGGAAGUGAUUCCUUAG